CUAACUUAGUAGGUACAACAAGGCGCACUUUUAAAAUAAGAGUUCCAUAAUUGUAUAUUAAAUGUUUAAACAUGAUGUAAUAUAGAUUUAGGUCUUGAUGAUAAGUACAGUAUAAGUGCUUAACAGUUUAAAUUAUUUAGUUGGAUUAGUUUUGUUUUCUAGGAUUAAAACUUUAGACUCAACAGCAACUCUGCGCAAGUCUCUUUAAGCGGCUUAAGUCACUUUAGAAGCUUGUGAUCUCAUACUUGUCGAGUGGUACUUUCUGGUUCCUUGGGUAUUGAUCAAGUUUUGGAGAGGCGCCUAAAGAUCCAGCCGCCACUCUAGUCAUCCAAUUAACAGAUUAUAUAUACGUAGAUUUUACCAGUUUGUUCUAACCUUGUUUUCAACCCAUAAAGAUGUCAAAUGCCGGAAAAAUUGGUUCUAAUCGAUCCAACUCGCAAGAAUCAAACAGUCACACACAGACCGUUACCGUUAAUGGUUUAAUGAAAGCCCAUUUAACACAAUCGAUCGUGGUCAAUGGCAUGGAUUGGAAUGUUAAAGGGAGUGAACUUCUAGAGAUUCUAGACAUCGUGGGAGCUUUGAAUGAAACCACACCUCAAAAUGGAUCAACUGAAGAUCUAUGUUUCACAGGACAUAUUGGGGACAGAACUAGCAUAGAAGUGAACGGAAUUGUUAACGGCUCAAUGACCAAGAGUGUGGUUUUCAAUGCUGAAAAAUUGAACUUAAAACCAGAGGCGGAUCAAAUUAGAAGGCAAGCUGGGGGCAGGAGAGAAGCCGAUGACAUGGAACAAGAUGAUCAGGAUGAGAAGAAACUGAAGGUUGAACAUUCCUUUUGAAUGUUAACAUAAGCCGAAAUUCGGUAGCCCAAUUAAAAUUGUAUGAUUUAUGUUAGGUAAUUUUUCUUUUUUUUAUAGGGUCUGAAACCACAUUGAUAGUCACCUAAGACUUGUGAAUAUUUUCCAAUAAUAAGAUAGAGAAUGCCUUAUAUAAGAAAGCCUCAUUGUCUUAAAAUGGAGUUUUCCAUAAAUAUAGCAUAUUUUUUAAAAAAA